AUGUCCGAGACGACGGGGACCGAGUUUUCCUCGGAGCGAAAAAGUUCCAAAGACGAGAGAACAAGUCGAACAGCCAUCGAGAUACGCCGCGAACAAAGUUCCGCGUCUAUUGUGACUUUACAAGUAAAAGUGUUAACAAACGAUAUUUGUCCAAAUCAUUUGUCCUGCACUAGCCGCGACGAACAUCCCCAAAAAAAAUUGGUGAUUAGUGUAGUGAAUUCAAAAAGACUCGAAAUGGCAACGAGGGGUACGACACAGUUCUAUGCGCCGUUGUUUUGGCCGGAGAAACCGGACUUGUGGUUUAAGCAAUUAGAUAUACAUUUCGAUGCGAACGACGUGAGAUCCGACCAAGCAAAAUUUAGUUUCGCGCUCGCGCAUAUGGACGCUUCAAACGCGGGCGAGAUCGCCGAUAUAAUUAGCUGUCCGCCCGAGUAUGAUCGUUACGAAACACUGAGAACGGAGAUGGUCCGCCGCCUCAACGCGAUUCGUAGGAAUCAAUUGCAGGGACUGUUUGAACAAGAGGAAAUGGGUGAUCGAACACCGUCGCAGUUCCUCCGCCACAUGAGGACGUUGGCAGGCGAAGCGGCGACGGACGAAUUUUUGAAAACCAAGUGGCUGAAUAGAUUGCCACCGGCAGUUCGGACGAUCGUGAGCACACUGUACGUCCCAUUGGACCAACUGGCGGUCGCGGCAGACAGAAUUCAGGAGACGAUACCCACGAUUGUCGCGAGUAACGCUAGGCACCCAGAGAUGGACCAGUUGAACCGAAAGCUGGAUGACCUCCGAAAGCAGAUGGCCGAGCUCGUUAAGACUUUCGCUCGGGCCACGGCAAGAACGAGAUCGAGGUCGAGAUCAAAAAGCCGACGGAGAAGAUCGAAGUCACCAGCGGCAAAGGACCACUGCUGGUACCAUAAAACCUUUGGAGACCGAUCCACAAAAUGUCGGUCGCCGUGCAAUUUCAAUUUGGGAAAUGGGGAGUUUCGACACUAA